AUGAGUGAGAUCAACAGUGAUGGGAGGAGGGAGAGGAAGACAGUAGAGGAGAAGAGAGAGGAGGACAUCGGAUGGAGGGAGAUCGGCGGUCGUGAUCGAGGUGGAGGAGGCGAAGAUCGAGUUGGUGGGGGUGGCGGAGAAGACCUAAGAGGUGGAGGAGGUGGAGAGUUGGGUGGUGGUGACCGAGGUGGUGGAGGAGGUGGCGAACGAGGUGGUGGUGGAGAAGGUGGUGAUCGAGGUGGUGUUGACCGGGGUGGUGGAGGAGGUCGAGCUCGGGGUGGUGGCGGGGGAGGAGACUUGGGUAGUGGAGGAGGUGGUGAACGAGGUGGUGGUGGAGGAGGUGGUGAUCGGGGUGGUGGUGGGAGGGUAGACUUGGGUGGUGGAGGAGGUGGUGGUGGAGGAGGAGACUUGGGUGGCGGAGGAGGUGGUGAUCGAGGUGGUAGAGGUGGUGUUGACCGAGGUGGUGGAGGAGGUGGCGAACGAGGUGGUGGUGGAGGAGGAGACUUGGGUGGCGGAGGAGGUGGUGAUCGAGGUGGUAGAGGUGGUGUUGACCGAGGUGGUGGAGGAGGUGGCGAACGAGGUGGUGGUGGAGGAGGAGACUUGGGUGGCGGAGGAGGUGGUGAUCGAGGUGGUAGAGGUGGUGUUGACCGAGGUGGUGGAGGAGGUGGCGAACGAGGUGGUGGUGGAGGAGGAGACUUGGGUGGCGGAGGAGGUGGUGAUCGAGGUGGUAGAGGUGGUGUUGACCGAGGUGGUGGAGGAGGUGGCGAACGAGGUGGUGGUGGAGGAGGAGACUUGGGUGGCGGAGGAGGUGGUGAUCGAGGUGGUAGAGGUGGUGUUGACCGAGGUGGUGGAGGAGGUGGCGAACGAGGUGGUGGUGGAGGAGGAGACUUGGGUGGCGGAGGAGGUGGUGAUCGAGGUGGUAGAGGUGGUGUUGACCGAGGUGGUGGAGGAGGUGGCGAACGAGGUGGUGGUGGAGGAGGAGACUUGGGUGGCGGAGGAGGUGGUGAUCGAGGUGGUAGAGGUGGUGUUGACCGAGGUGGUGGAGGAGGUGGUGACCGGGGUGGUGGAGGUGGUGGCGACGGGGGUGGUGGACGGGGCGACGGUGGAGGUGAGUUGUGGAAUAUCGGUGGCAAGGGGAAUUUUGGAGGAAGUGGUGAUUUAGGUGGAAGGAUAUGGGGAGGACGGUGA